AUGAUCAACGCUUCAAUAAUUAGACUCAAGACAUUCCAGAAUGAGCGCCUAUUGUCAAUGGUGGUGUUACUGGUAAAGGUUGAAAAAGCAGUGACGGAAGUUCUUAACGUUCUUGGGUUGCUCACCACUCUCAGCUACGCAAAGUUUUUGGAACAAGUGAAACAAAUGGCAUUAGCCAGAGCAAAACUACCAGAACAAGAGGUUUUGGAGAGUAAGAUGGAUCUUAGUAGAAUUAGUGGGACGGUAGUGAAGCGUUUAGCUGGGGACUUACGCUGCACAACCGCAUAG